AGGAGGAAAGAUACUGCGGUGGUGCCAGAGAAACUGAGUUUCCCGACAAUAUCACCAGCCCUUCUGUCAAGAGCUACUAUCGUGAGACAUUUUUUUUUUUGGCGUAAUUGACUUAUUCCUCGCUCCCUUGAUCUGCGUAGCUCAGACUAACGCUACCUGCGUCUACUCCAUCAUGGCUGGUACAAGAAACUAUGAUUUUCUGAUCAAACUUCUGUUGAUCGGAGAUUCUGGGGUGGGAAAAUCAUGUUGUUUGUUACGAUUCAGCGAAGAUUCAUUUACCCCGUCCUUCAUCACGACCAUUGGAAUUGACUUCAAGAUUCGUACAAUCGAACUUGACGGAAAGCGUGUAAAGCUUCAAAUAUGGGACACAGCUGGACAGGAGCGCUUUAGAACGAUUACAACGGCUUACUAUAGAGGGGCAAUGGGUAUACUUCUGGUCUAUGAUGUCACUGAUGAGAGAUCAUUUCAAAACAUCCGCACAUGGUUUUCAAACGUCGAACAGCAUGCAAGUGAAGGCGUCCAUAAAAUUCUCAUCGGAAAUAAAUGUGACUGGGAAGAGAAGAGAGCCGUGUCGACUGAACAGGGCCAGCAGCUAGCUGAUGAGCUUGGAAUACCCUUCCUUGAAGUGUCAGCAAAGAACAAUAUCAAUAUCGAGAAAGCCUUCUACAAUCUUGCCUCGGAAAUUAAGAAAGGCAUGGACACAUCUAAAACUGAACAGCCUGGUUCGCAAGGUGUCAGCAUAGAUCAGCAAGGCCCGGGACUGAAUGGCAAUACAGGAGGCAAAUGUUGCUGAUGGGCUUGUUAGUAUAUUCUCUUGCUUUGACCUUUUCGAUCCACCUUACAAACCUACUCUUUUUCUCCCUAAACUCCGACAAACAGCUAUUCUGCCAUGGACUUGAACAAGAACAAGUUAGGGUUUUUAUGCUCCAGUGGACGCCGAGAGGCCUAAUCUUUUUGCGAAACAGCCUUCAUGUAUGUCCAAAUUGUGGCCGUGGGGCAGGCCGCCGUUCUGUUACGGUCGUUCGAAGUAUGUUUGGUGGCAUUGUUUAAUCUAGUGUUACGCUAUACUGGGUAUUUGUGUUACAAGAAGUGACUU